GAGCAUGACACAACAGAUUGCUGAAGGCAUUCGAAACAUGGUACUCAUCUCCAAGCUAGCAGAAAUGACAUCCGACUGCCAAAGUGAAAUUGCAAAGCCCUUGUCUGAUUUCUCCAUAGAUAAAAUACUAAAUGGGCAUUUUAAGACUGAAGAGGAAAGAUUAAUGAAGAAACAUGAAAUGAACAGCCGAGGAAUUGGGGUCUCCUUACCUGAGUUUAAUUGGUUGAAGUUCACCAGGUACAAUCCGCCAAAACUGCCAAAAUCCAGCAAACGGCGGCCAAAGCAGAAACGAAAACCAGGGCGCAAUCCCAGAGUGCCUUUCACGCCGAAGCAGUUGACCACACUAGAGAACAAAUUUCAAGCGAUGAAAUACUUAACAAAUGACGACGUUAGGGCCUUGUGUAAUGAGCUGGGCUUGCCGGAAAAUAAGAUCAAGAUAUGGUUCCAGAAUCGCAGGGCGCGCGAAAAAAGAAAAACGACACAAACUGAGGAGUACAUCGAUGUCAUGACCGUUGAUGGUCUCUGAAUCGUUCAAGACUGGCAUUUAGACUAAAUUAUUCAGAGUAAACAUGCUGGUCCCCUUAUCGACACUUUCAUGUCUUCAAGAGCCUGUUGCUGUAAGGAGCUUUUUAUUUAUGAAGAAAGAGUUAAAAUGCUUUUGGAUAUUUUUCCUCCAUAUUGCUAGCUAGCCUAGUUAGCGAGAGUCAAAAGACCAAAUGACUGACGGAAGAGUGAAUAGAGAAAGAUUUUGUCGGGAGUUAUUAUUCUGUGUAUAUAUUGAUUUAGCAAAAUUUAUAACAUUCUCAACAUUUAUUUUUGGCCAAAUAUUUCAUGCAUGCUUCCCGUGACAGUAUGCAAGUGUCGUAACAGAGACAAAAAUGCACCAGCAUAGACCUAUUCGGAAGAGAGCAAGAGACCUUUUGCAAGUUACAUGAAACCGAGGCUUUUAAAUUCUGAUUGAAAGAAACUUUGUUUUUGUAGCUUGUGACAGUUCCAGCGAAAAAGUGUAAAUAUGUUUUUUUAAUUCGAAAAAAGAAAAUCUGACUAGCCUCGCCUUCGUGUACCUUGCCACAGGCCUCUUUCAAUUUUUCUUAUAGACCAGCAGGCCAGUUUAUGAGCAAAUUGUGAUUAUGUGGCGGGAAUAUUCUUAUGCAGCUUGUCGACAAGUAGUUAUAAGGCCUUUCACAACUUGCUGCAAGGUGCUUAACUGUCGAAGGAUUUGGGUGAAAGUUGUGCCAGGAUCGAUAUGUAAACGAGUCGUGAAAGACAGCUUUGCAACUUAAUUGCUAAAUUUGCAACAUAGCUACAUAGCUUGUCGACACUCCUGCUACAAGUUCGUUAGGUUAUCAUUUAUUGUUGGCAGUUUUUUGAGUACUGAUAAAUGUAUAAAAAAUUAAAAUCGCAAAUCAAGCUAAUAUAGUUGAAUUUGUAUGUCACAGUACGGCGCAGAGGAUGUACAUACUCGAAAAACCUUUAUGAAAUAUACAAAAGCGUUUUGCUCCACAGUAUGGAAGGGUGAAAAAACUCGCAACAGCUCCGUGUGCGGCUCAUUGAGCAAACGAACACAUGCACGUCGGUACUUUUAUACUAAGAAUGAACCAUAAUAUUCAUAAUUAUUUACAAGAGGCAAUUACUAGCUGCGACUUUAAAAGUAAAGACUGUAUAGUGAUAUUCAUGUAGACAUUACGGAAACGUGUAAAUAUGUAAAACAUUGUGUCAAAACAUUAAAUUAAU